ACGCAUUGGAUAACGGUAACAGGCAAUGAGUCCCUUUCUCCAUUUCAACGCUCACUGUCUCACCAUAGACAGGGUCUGUGGCAUUUUCAGGCUUUCACUGAAACCUCUUGCAUUGCUCUGCUGUAUAGACGUUUAUCUGGAAUUAAUCACUUCUAUGAAUUUUCAUCAAACUCCAGUCUCCACUGACCCCUAAACCAACACUGAGCACAGGGAAAAGGGCCGACGUGUCAAAAACUGAGAAGAAAAGAGAAGCCACGCUGUAUGAGAUCUAUCAACCAUCUGACAAGGAAUAAAAAUGACAAGUAAGAUGGAAACACUGGAUCCUUCUGCUUUGCCAUCAUCCACUUCUGCUGUGACCUACAACCCCAAGACUGAGAUUGUGACCUUACCAGGAGGGGUCGUCUCGGUGGCGGGCAUCACCGUGAUGACCGGGGGCGCUGAGCUCUCCUGUGGGUCCUGCAUGAUGGCCUUUGGUAUCUGGGGAACUCUUGUUGGCCUCAGUUUGGUGGCUGUAGGACUGUGGGACCAGUCAAAUCGCUCUGAGGGAAGAACCUCACAGUUGCUGGGGUUGGGGUGGGUGAUUCUAGCCAUCAGCCUUGGGGUGGUGGGCAGUGUGGCAGGAUUUUACCUCCUGACGAAGAGGAGAAGAGAGACGACACGAAGAGGGAGGGAAGAUGGAAAGGAAGUUCUUGUGGAGGAGAGCGUGAGGGUCAUCAAGACAGUUACUGUGUAAGAUGUAAUUAAUG